AUGACGGACGAGAUCUCCCGCACGACCAGCCAUGGUCCCAGCAAGAAUAAGAAUGGUCCUGACGCUGAGCAGGUCCAGGAGCGCAACCCAUGGCCGGUGGGAGCCAACAGCAUGCUCGGAGAGACAAGCGACGAGAUGAACACCCAGCAAUUAAAGGAGAUUGCGGCCGCGGGCAGCGCUCACUUCCAUCGUCUGGGGUGGAAGCGACUUGCAAUUGUCACUAUUGUCGAGGCCGUCGCACUAGGCGCCCUCAGCUUACCAUCAGCGUUCCAUACCCUGGGAAUGUUCCCUGGUGUGUUUUUGACCAUCACUGUCGGACUGAUUUCGAUCUUCACAAGUUACCUCGUUGGGCAGGUCAAAUUGGCCUACCCUCAUAUUGCCAACUAUGCAGAAGCCGGACGGCUGCUGUUCGGCCGGUACGGACGUAUUGGCUACGAGAUCUUCGGAGCUGCUCUCGUUUUGGAGCUGGUCAUGGUUGUCGGCUCACAUGCUCUCACUGGAAGCAUUGCCCUUGUUGACAUCAACGGCGGCAACGUCUGCUCCAUAGUCUUCUCCGCCGUUUCAGCCAUUAUUCUGCUCAUCCUCGCCAUCCCUCCUUCGUUUACUGAGGUGGCCAUACUCGGUUAUAUCGACUUCGUGUCUAUUCUUGCCGCCAUCGGAAUUACCGUCAUCGCCACAGGCAUUCAGGCAAACCACUCAGAGGGAGGUCUGUCAGGUGUUGGAUGGUCAGCCUGGCCCAAAGAAGGCGUCACAUUUUCCGAAGCAUUUGUCGCUGUCAGCAACAUCAUUUUCGCAUUCAGUUUCGCCAUUGGCCAGUUUUCGUUCAUGGACGAGAUGCAUACACCCACCGAUUACAUGAAGUCCAUUUGGGCAUCUGGUUUUAUCCAAAUCUGCAUCUAUACAAUUACGGGCGCUCUCUGCUACGCUUUUAUUGGAGAAUCGGUGCAGUCUCCGGCCCUCCUGUCCGCCGGACCGCUCAUCUCGAAAAUUGCAUUUGGAGUCGCUCUCCCGGUCAUUUUUAUCUCUGGCUCGAUUAACUCGACGGUAGCCCUCCGAUAUAUCCAUGGCCGCAUGUAUAAGAAUUCGCACCUGAAGUACGUCAACACUCCUAUGGGCUGGGCCAGCUGGAUAGUCCUCGUGGUUAUCUUCACCUUGAUCGCGUGGAUAAUUGCCGAGGCGAUCCCCAUCUUCUCGGAUCUCCUUUCACUGGCGUCCGCCCUGUUCGUUUCUGGAUUUUCGUUUUACCUGCCGGCCGUGAUGUGGUUUGCUUUGCUCUGCAAGGGCAAAUGGUACUCGAAGGAGAACAUUCUGAUCAGCUUGGGAAGUAUCCUGGCUUUCAUCAUUGGUGCCGUGACUUUGGUUGCAGGCACUUACUCAACUAUUGUUGAUAUUAUCGAUGAGACCAAUUCUGGUAGUGCUCAUAAGCCAUUUGCCUGCAGGUCGUCGUAG